CCAGCCUCAAACUGACGCAUUCACAUAUCAGCUCUUCAGCAGCAACUUGAGGCUCAGGUAUAUAUACCUGCACCCGCCACACACACACUUCCACACAUGAACACCAGCAACAUGCUUCCUGAGAUAGUCCUCCAGCAGUGAUGCCUGCCUUCAGAGCCCCAGCCCCCCUCCUCUGUGUGCUGCUCUGUGUGUCGGUGGCUCUGCAGCGCUCUGACCUGCGCCUGGCUUACGUGACCCACAACAGCUUUUUCUACUACUCCUGCAGCCAGGACCCACAACCCUGCAGCAUCUCGUCGCUUGCAGACUGCAGAUGCAAGGACAUCCAGCUCUCCACGCUGCACCGCCCCCAGUCGCACUCGUCUCCCGUCUUCCGGAUGAGACGUUUAACUGUUUGGUUCACGUCGCCGCUAAACACGGCGCGUCUGCUUAACAACUCGGAGGUGAGGCACCUCACCCUGAUCCACUGUGGCCCCGGAGGAUCCAGAGGGACACCUUCUUCUUCCCUGGAGGGGCAUUUUGCUGUGCAGCACUUGGAGAGGCUGACGAUGGUGAACCUGCAGCAGAGGCCGGUUCCUCACUGUUCAGAAGCAAACAGAGCCAAGAACACAGACUCAAAUACUGACCCGGACAGAGAUAACGGCGCUCACCUCGACACAAAUAGGUACAACAGGGAUAAAGACACAAACCUGGACCUGAUUGCAGACAUGAAGAGAGAUUCCUUGGAUUUGUCCUCACCCCACAUCCAAGACAUCUUACUGGGCAGGGAGCUGGGAGCAGCGUAUCACGAACAGGCCAGACUGGGAAUCAUCCACAGCUCUGUGCUGGACUGGGGAGCGGUGGUCAAAGCCUACACAGUCCAGACACACAUAGACAAUGACGGCGUGCUGCCCUUCCCUGACCUCCACCUGCCAAAAUUACCCGAGACAUCCGUCAUAUAUGUCAGCUUUGUGUACUGAUAUCAAGUCACUUUUUGAGGAGGGCACAGGAGGGAGAUCAUCCAGUUCAGGACCUGAAAACUGUCACUUUUUUGCUCCCUAGGGUCCUAAAUCUUACACAAAAUUUAGAAAUUCUAAGUUUGUUUGUUUUUUUGUGGUUGAUUUAGAUUUUGUUUAAACAAUAUUAUCUGAGAAAUGGAAGAUAAAGUGGUUAGAGAUUAUGUUGCAUUUAAAUUUUGGGCAAAAACAGUUCAGAAAUCAUGUUAAACUUCAGUAAUAUUCUUAUAUUAUAAAAAAAAAAAGAAUGAAAAAAACUGAGGGGAAAUUUAAUCUUUUGGGAGAUUUUCUAUUUGUCUUUGUCUCCACAGUAAAAGCACAUUCUGGCAUAAAUAUGCAAACACACACAAAGCAAAAUUAGAUUUUCUUGUCCAACAGCUUCAGUUGUAAUUUUCCCAAGUGGCCAAAAACAGCUGUUUAUCAGCAUGUUAAAACAAAGUAUGUCAACUAAUAUGAGACCCUCUGAGGGACCAGAGCAGCCGGCCAAACCCCUCUAUCUGAACCGUCCAAUUGUUUCCAAAUGCUGUUGAUCUUAAAUUGAUGGUGUUGUCCUCCAAAUGGAAUGAAAGUGGUGGGUUAUUCCCCUGUUUUUUCUCUCCACCAUAAAGAUAGAAAACGUGAGCUUCCACCAUGAAGUCUGUCCCACACAAUAUCUCAUCCACUUGCUGAAUUCACACCAAACACAACUCUGACUUUCUAGAUUCAUAUGACUGUUUUUCCCACUUUUCAUAUCGCCACACGUGUCAGACAUCGUGAAAAGAUGCAGCGUCUCAUGUGUUUGAUAAUCAGAGACGUGUCGAAGUUAGUUAAAUUAUAACUCGAGAAUUUGUGUUUAGUUUAGUCAACAUACAUUUUAAGUAAAAUAUGUCGUGUAACAUUUUCAUUAAACCACAAGAUGGCAGCAGAUUCAUUUAAGUCAAAGAGAAGCGAAGUGAAGCAGGACUGAGCAGCCUGACAGCAUUUUUAUUUAUCUACAACUCUUAAAGAAAGUGAUCCAACAAAUGUGUCCUGAUGCAUCUCAGCACUUUAAAAGCUUGGGAGGAAAGUUGUCGUUCGGGUUGUUGAGAGUUAAUAAAGUAUGGCCUGCUAUUUAUUUUUGUUUAAAAAAAA